AUGUCAAAAGCAGGCAGCUAUGCACUACUUCUCACAUAGUAUUUAUAUCGCAAGCGACAGUAACAUCGACUCUAUUCCACACGGAAACUUAAAGGAUGAAUAAAACGCGCCCUUAUUUGUCUAAGGUCUCGACCGACUUCAAACCGCCUGACCAUAACACACUUUUUAAAGUGGAAAAGCUGUUGGUUCAGUUUGCAAAAGAAACCGAAAUGCUGGAUGACGAGGUUCAACCUCCUGAAAGUGAAACAAUUGGAAAUGAAUCUCCAGAUUAUGAAUCUCUUGAGUAUGAAUCUGUCGAGAAUGAACCUCAUGAGAAUGAAUCUCCCGAGAAUGAACCUGUCGAGAAUGAAUCUCCUGAGAUUGAAUCCCCUGAGGCUGAAUCUCCUGAGGCUGAAUCUCCUGAAAAUGAAACUCUUGAUGAUGAACCUUUUGAAAAUGAAUCUAUUAAGAGUGAAUUUUUUGAGAAUGAACUUAUUCAGAAAGAACUUUAUGAGAACAGUCUUUUUGCGAAUGAACCUUUUGAGAAUGAAGGUCCCGAAGAUGAACCCUCUAAAGACGACGAUGAUGGUUUCGUCACACUAUCCCAUCAAAUAAAACCCGUAUAUGUUUUGAUGGAGUACAUUCAGAAAACCGAGUUUACGGAUAUUAUUAUCACUAUUGGCGAUCAUAUGUUCUUGUGUCAUUCGGUUGUACUAUGUAUUUACUCGGAGCUCCUGCUCACGAAAAUCUUAGAGUUACCCAUAGGCGAAGAUAAAAUUGUGUUCGACGAAGUGGAGUUGUCUCCAAAGGGUUUCAGCGACGCGUACGAAUGGAUGAUUUCGUCAGAGGGCACACCGGAUAGUAGUAACCUCCUCGAAAUGUUGAGGACUGCGUAUUAUCUGGAAAUAAACGAGCUGCUCGGUAUUUGCUGGGGAGUUCUGGAUAAGCAUUUGUAUGAUGAAUUCUCAGCGUUUAACGUUCUGUACGAAUUGCGAGGGGCCACUGAACUAGAGGAAGUUUUCGAAAUAAUGUCAGGCCGUGUUUCCAGAGCAACUAUGGCAGUUUUGGCCAGCCGGGAAUUCAUGAGCCUCGCUGAGGUACAAGUGUGCCACUUCCUGAAGUCAAGUAGUCUGUCAGUCAACUCGGAAACAGAGAUUUUAUAUGGAGCUUUAUCGUGGCUUCUAUAUGGCUGGCCAGAACGCCGAUCGAGCACUAACGCGGUUUUGAAAAACAUUCGGUUUGCCUACCUCUCGCCCACAAUGUUGAGCAAGUUCAAGGCACUGGAACAAAACGAAAUAGGACCUUUUAGUGAAGUUCUGGAGGAGUUUAGUCAGUGCCCCGAGUUUAUGCCACUCAUUCGGGAUGGACUGUUCAACAGCAGCUUGAUAAUAACCGUUUACAAUGAUCCCAGUUGCAUCGAUGAUAAUGACGAGUUCAAACAGGUAAAGGUGCUGGAUCCUCGCAGUUGGAUAUAUGAUCUUUCGUGUGAAUACCAUCGGCCCGUGACCAGGAUGUGUCCAAAUAUGCGUUACAUAACCUUUGAAGAAUUUAGUGAUUACCUGGAAAUUCUGCGUGAAGGACAACCUGAUUUUGACAAGGACAUACAGUAUCCCGAUGAUAAAAAGUAUGGAGAACUAAAUCCUCAGUGGCAAAUGAAGCAAGAUAUCAAUAAGAUAUCGCUUUUCACUCGGGUAAUGUCUGUCGAUGAGGAUGAGUACAUCAAACAGGUGCAAGACGACUAUUAUCGAGAUCACUGCGACUCUCAUCGAACACGAGAAUUGAGCGAGAUUGUAGAUAGUAGUGAGUUAAAAAGCCUCCCUCGAGAAAAAUUCGACUAUUUUCAAACAUAUGAUUCAAGUCAAACGGAUGAAACCAGUGAGUUAGGAAGCCCUACCCGCAGGAAUUCGUCGACCUUUUAAAUUUAAAUCUCUCUUGUCAUAUAUAUGCCUUAUAUCUUUGGUACAAAUAAACCAUCCUGUCUAUAUUGUUU